AAUGCGGCUGCGCAAGCUUUUUCGGUCUUCUCCUCCCACGUCAACCGGUGCAGCUGCUACCUACUACACAACGUGAGCUCUAUUGUUAAGAAUCAUGGCUGAGUUGAAGGAGCGCACAUUCAUUGCCAUCAAGCCCGAUGGUGUGCAGAGGGGCAUCAUUGGAGAGGUCAUCAAGAGGUUUGAGAUGAAAGGCUUCAAACUCGCAGGCAUGAAGAUGCUCCAUGCCUCCAAGGAGCACCUGACUGAGCACUACAUCGACCUGAAGGACAGGCCAUUCUUUCCUACCCUCAUCAAGUACAUGAGCUCUGGUCCAGUGGUUGCCAUGGUGUGGGAGGGCAAAGGUGUGGUGAAGACGGGCAGGGUGAUGCUGGGCGAGACCAACCCCGCUGAUUCCAAGCCCGGAACCAUCAGAGGAGACUUCUGCAUUGAUGUCAGCAAGAACAUCAUCCACGGCAGCGACUCAGUGGAGAGUGCCAACAAGGAGAUUUCCCUGUGGUUCAAAGAUGACGAGCUGGUCAGCUACACUAGCUGUGCCUUCAGCUGGCUCUACUGAGCCCUCUGGGUCCUGCAGCAUUCCUCGCACUGGUUGGAGACCAGUAAACUUUUGCCUCACAUUUCGUGUUUAAGUCCAUAGCCUAGAGGGGAGAACUGAAGUUCUUAACAUCUCCAUCCUCACAUCACCCUCUUAUCAUCAUACUGUACUUGGAUCUGGUCUCUGAUGUCCAGUCUGAAUUCAUUCCUCAGCGCUAUUCCUUUUAGAAACAUUCCAUUC